AUGCAAUCAAAUAAAAUGUCUGAUAUUUCUGGCUCUGCCACCAAUGCCACCAUAACCCCUGAAACCCUUCCUGAGUCCAAAACUCCCGCAGCCAUUGAAGUGUCACAGGAGCAAACUGACUCUGAGGAGUUACAUUCCCUCCUGGAUGUUGCUAUGACGAAGGCCAUAUUUAACGCUAUGGGGGCCAUAUCAGACAAUAUCUCACAUUCAAUUACCAUGGCGCUGAAAUCCACUCAGCUGCCACCAACUCCCACUACUAACCCCCUUGAGAAUAAACUGGUGGCCCCUAGUGGGCGUAAAGCCGCAAAAAAGUCCUGCCACCUGGACGACAAUGCCUCCAAAACAUUACAGACUGAGAGGGUACGUCCUGUUACAGAUCAUGUGGUUGCACCACAACUAAGACCCCCCCAAAAAUCGGCAAAAUCGGUGAGGAACUGGAAAAGGGCUAGAGCCCUCAUUGAAUCCUCCGAAUCAGAGUCGGAGCAAGAGGAGCGAGAGCGAGUCCGAUGA